AUGGAGAUCCCGUUAAAGUCGCAGCCGAAGGUAUCCACAGUCAACCUUGUAGACGAGUCCAAGUUUCAGUUCGACGAUGCGAGCAACAUCUCAUCUCAAUAUCCACGAGUUCGGGAAGUCCCGAACCGCUCAUUAGGUGGAGAAAGUCCUGGGAAAAACUAUCGUUUGACCCGUACUUAUUCGGAAACAGAGAAGAGCAAUUUCGACGAGGAAACAGGCCAUCGUUUGUACGACGAUGGCAGAAUUCGGCCCCAGCUUUCCAGGUCUGGAUCCAGCAGAGACCCUCUUGACACCCACUACAGCAUAGGCAAAUCCAACACACCCAAGCUUUAUUCCAGAUCACACAACGAGUAUAUCGAUGCAGGAGACGAGUAUCUGAAAGGAUUGGAGGACGAGUACAUACCAGGUCUAGACUUUGGUGAUGUCCUUCAUCGUUGGAACAAUAGCCUGUCGGAACAAAGUUUGGCUGGGGCCAACAACAAUUACGAAAGCGCAGUAUCAAGCACUUCAUCCACUGCAUCGAACACCCCGCUGAGUAGAGACCAGUCCUACUUGGAUCUCAAAACCUUGCACGCAAAGGUUGCACCUCAGCCAAUUAGGUUGAGAAACCAUCUUUCCAAUAACAAGCAUUCAUUUUCCAAAUUACAUGAUUUUAUGAAAUUGAGAACCCCCAGCAAUAAUAGCAACCCUGGAGUUAUGGGUAAGGCCGAUGGUUCUAAACAAACAUUGGUCAACGAUGACAGAAACAAUAGCACCACUACUUUAACUUCCUCAGAGAGAUCCAAAGACGACGCCAAUGACUCUGGGUCACACAAGAACAAGAAGCAAAAGUCCGAAGAGAACUCCGUGGACUAUGAAUGGAUCAUUAAUAGUUUACCCUCAUACUUUGAGGAUUUACCCUACUCUCAACGUAAGAAGUUGGUCGCUUCUCUCUCGGAAUCAGUUGACUAUUCACAGUUCUCUGUCUACGCAAAAAAUUAUUUCAAUGAUAAAAUGGCAGGAGCUGGACGGACUCCCAGAAGUGGUGGGAUUGGUUCCAACAGUGGCAGUUUAAGAAGAUCAAGAAGAAGUAGUGUCAAUACAGUUGCUGGUAGAUUACUUGCAUUAUCUUCUUCAACUGAUCUCAAGAAACUCGAGGAAGCAAAGCCAAAGGUUAAUGUUGACGAAAAGGGAGCUAUGGUCAUGGAGCACGAGCUCGGGAAGGUCAUUGGUUUUGGAGCAUGGGGUACCAUUAGGGAAUGUACUGAUCGGCAUGGUACUGUUCGAGCCAUGAAGAUCGUCAAGUCAUGUAAGGAUUUUGAGAGUAGAUCUUCUUCACCUGGCAGAAGUGGCACACCUCCUAAGUCAGAUAUGACACAUAACCCAAAGGUAUUGCAAGUUUUCAAAAAGGAGAUUAUGAUUUGGAAACAAUUACAGCAUCCAAACAUCCUACCAUUACUCAAGCAUUUGGAGACCGAUCACGCUAUUUUUUGCAUAACAAAUAGAAUUUAUGGGGGUACUCUUUUCGAACUAGUUUCAUCGUGGGGGCUCUUCAAUGCUGGAAUAAUGAACACGUCUGGACCUAUUGAAUUUCUGAUUGAAUCACAAACUGAAAGAUUAACCCAUAUUGUGAAAGCGACGAAACAAAUCGUGAAGGCUUUGCUUUAUAUGCACGAGGAGAAGGGCAUUGUGCAUGGUGACCUCAAGUUGGAAAAUGUUUUGGUCGAAGAUGGCGAUAAAGGCGAGUAUAAAAUGAUUCUAGCUGAUUUUGGAAUGUCACGCGUAUUCAAUUCUAGAGUCAGCAGAAACUCGUCAUUACGAAGAAUUCCCUCCUUGAACGACGACGAAGAUGACGGAACAUUGAUGAUGAGAAGCAAAUCAUCGACCACUGAUUUGAGACGGCCAUAUAAUGGAGGCGACACUCCAAGCACCAGAAAUUUAAACUGGGGCUUUAACGAUGAUUCGAAGAUUGGUAUUUCCAACUUUAUGAGGCCCCAUGGUCCUUCCUUGCAAUCUGUUGAUUUGACUCCCGUGCAAUCAGCAUCCACUGGCUCGAUUAUGGAAUUCAAGAGAAAGAGCAAAGCUUCGCCAAACAGUCAAGAUGGAAUCGAUUCGGACUUACCGCAUUCACACAUCGGGUCGUUACCAUAUGCAUCCCCCGAAUUGUUGUCGCCUUCGCCACCGCCAUUAGGACCACUGGCGGACGUAUGGGCUUUGGGCAUUCUCAUGUUUACUAUGUGCGUAGGGAAAUUACCGUUUCAGCAGCAGUAUGAACCGAGGUUGCGAGCUAUGAUCAGUGCCGGGAAGUACAACAAGAGAGACUUGAGGAAAUCGUGUUUACUCGAAUGGAUCUACAGGGAGGACGACGAGGACGACGAGGACAAGCUUCCUGAGGGCAUGAUGAUCAACUCACCUUCGAUGGUGGACCUCAAACGACAGGAGGAACUCAGUCAGUUGCACCAGUCGUGGAAACAAUUAAUGGCUGAAAACAAGAAGCGAGGCUCACCCGAGAGACCUGACUUUCAGUUUGAAUUCUUGUACGAUAUCAUAGUGGGGUGCUUGGAGUUGAACAUCACCAAGCGUUGGGAUUUGGAGAUGAUCCAUGAUUCCCUUGAGGCAUGCGAUUUGUUUCAUAAAAAGUAA